AGGGAACUACAAUGCAAGCAUCUUACACCACCAAAGCUAUUGCAAAAGACACGAGAAUCAUGAAAUCAAGAAAACCUGUAUGCGGUACGCCACAAUGCUUGAAGAACUUAGUGAUAUUUCACAUUAACAUUAAUACGUAGUAUAAGUGUGAAGUGUUAUCUAUUUAACGAAAGAAAACUCUUCUAUAUGAGAUGCGUUACAUCCACUCUCACUAGAGAAGCCAACUAUUAUAUACAGGCAGCACUAAUCAAAGUUCUACUUUUAAAAUCUGCAAGCAGAACCAAGAAACAAAGAACAGAUGGGCAUAGUAAAGAAAACCAGACAAGACAUAUUCCUAAAUGAGACACUUUCAACUUUGGCUUCUCCCUCCUUGUUCUAUGUCUACAUUGGUGCGAGGACUAACCCGUUUUUCCCUGCUUAGAAGCCUCUUCAAUGACCUCAACCUUGUAGGCAUAGGAGAUUUCUGUUCCUGAUCAUCCUCAACAGCAUGCCUUGGGAUGUCAAUAACCAAAAUACUUCCCAUCACUGAUGAUGAUGUUGAAGAUGAGGGACAAGAUGAUGAUGGAGCAGAAGAAAUAGAGCCUUGUUGAGAGCCUUGUUGGGGUAGUUCAUCCAAACCAGUCCCUAGAGUACUAACUUGAGUCUCAUCUCCCCAAAACAACACAUUAGUGGGGAAAUUAGGUGUCUCACCAGGAACCAAGCCCUCAACUGAUGCUGUUUCUGCAGGAGGAGGAUUGGGAAUUGGGUUUCUGCAUAACGGGCAGGUGGAAUGAGAUUGAAACCACAUAUCAAUACAGUCAACAUGAAAACCAUGGUUGCAUUUGGGCAAAAGCCUUGCCUUUUCACCUUCAGAAACUUCACACAGACAAACUGCACAUUCUAAUCCAUCUUUGAAGUCUUUAGGACUAAAUUCAACCACUGGUAUAGUUUUCAGUGCAGAGGGGUCGAGACCCCUGCGAAGUGCGGCAGCUGCUGUGACUCCUUGAUAACCCGAGGCGAAUUCAAAGCGCCGCCUUCUGCGAGUGGUAACACCCGUGCUGUCUGGGCGGCGGUACCAGAACCAUUUGGCAUAAAGGUGGAGGAGGAAGACGAAUAUGACCACUAAGAACAGACAAAUGAUUGCCGCUACCAUUAUCUUCCCUGUCAGCUCGACCUGACUUGGUUCAUCUAGCUUACCACCGACGUUUGAAUCAUCACCCAUUUUUUUAAUCCAAAUUCGAAAAAGCUGAAAUGUUUGACCUUUUCAACUGAUGAGAUUGAAAACCCAGGUUAGGUUUUCCUUCCGAUCAUCAAAUUCUUGAAUUUGGAGGGUUUUAUUACAAAAUGAAAACCAAGAAAAUAUAACCGGCCUCCUCCAAGAUCUGGGAAUAUCUUUAAACAAGCAAAAGCUUAUAACAGAAAAAGUAAAAGAUUUUGGUACAGGGAAGGUUUGGCUAAAGGCUAAAGCGUUAGGGUAUAUAUGAAGAGGGAAUAUGAAACUUGGAAACUAAUAAAUAAGAAGGCAAGAAUAGUGGAGAGUUUGAAAGAGACAACAUAAGAAAAAAGGAUGGGUGUUAUACAUACGCAAAGAUGGGAUUAUGGGAAGAGAGUCACCAAAAGGCUCCUCCACCUCCUCCUCGUCAUACGGCGGCGGCUCUAUGGGUGGCGACCAAACUCCAAGGGUUUGACCGGACUUGUCAUGAUAGAGAUGGAAGUUUGAAGUUAGUUAAACAAAGGAAGGUGCAUAAAAACAAAACAUUUGACCGACUAUGCCUCGGGAGAGACCAAAUUUUGUUGUGUUCAAAUUGAUGUUUGCCUAACUAGACGCUUGGCGAACAGUAAGGUUGAAGAAGAAGAGGGAGAUUCAAACAAAAGAACAGUGAUUGUCAAGGGAAUUAACCUUAUGAAUUCGGCGAAACGGGGGUUGCGGCUAGCUGAGAGGAAACACUUUACUGCGCUCUUGCCAAAGAUUGUAUCUUCGUUUCUUUCUACAGAUACUAAUAGACAAGCUUAUCCACAGAUGACACGCGACGCGAUGGCUCGCCACUGAAAAAGCGUACGGUAAAACGGUUAGGAUCAAUGGUGAGAGGUCGGUUGUUAGUGUUUCCGAUCAGAGGCAGGAAUUGGUGCUUCAGCCGCUCAGUUGACCAGUCCGCAUGCAAAGCGCAAGAGGCCAACACGCCGUCGACUCUCAAUGAGCUCUGGAACAGGAUCUCCAAGCCCACGGACAAGCCUUCCGGGUCUAAGCUUGAACUUCUAAUCGAUUUCGCCACGAAUAAGAUGAGCAACCAGUGGAGCAAUUUGGAAAAGGCACCUGCUGGAAGUUUUAAGAGCAAAAUUCACGGGUUAGGGUUGCGGCUUUUGUCUACUGUUAAACCUUCUGAGAUCUUCUUAAAGUCCAUUUCGAAGGAGGUCGAUAAAGUGGAAAUAACGUAUCCAUCUAGUUUAAAUGGCCGACUAGUUCGUCGAAGGCUAAGACAUAUUGCCUUCAGGGGAGCGGUUAUUCACAAGAAGUACUUGUAUGGAUCAACUGUUUUGCUUCCAUUGACAUCAGUCUUCAUGGUGCUACCCUUGCCUAACAUUCCUUUCUUUUGGAUCUUGUACCGCACAUACUCUCACUGGAGAGCUUUGAAGGGAAGUGAAAAUCUUCUCCAUCUAGUUACAGAUUAUCCUGGCAAACAACAUUCCAAUGAAAACACAGCGCUUGAGACAAGAAGUAAGAAAGCUGAUUCAAAUGAAAACUGCAAUGCCCUAAGCUCUUCAUGGGUUUUGAUCCCGUCAGAGGAACUCCAGAAACUUGUUAACCUAAGUAAUACAACAGACGGUCUAAGUGAAAGCACACUAUCUGCAAUAUGCCAAAGAUAUAAUUUGAACUUGAUGGAUGUUGUCAAGUACCGGACUUCACUUUAGGUUGGAUGUGUUUCUAUUGGUAGCCGCUCUAGAUUUCAUAUUGGUUUUCCGAGUACUCUUUGUUGUCUCUUUAGAUGUUUUUGGCUGAGAGCUCAAAGAAGAACAAUGCAUUUCUUUCAAAUAAAGCUUUUUGCAGUUAGCAUCAGGUCAUUGGCUCCAGCCUCCAGCAAGUUUAUCUGUUUCUGUUCGACGUAUUCAAUCGUUGCUUUUCGUGAAUGGCCUAACUCCUACUGAUUGAUAGACCAUCUGCUAUGAUCUUUGCUCCAGCAGGUCUAAGCUUCCGGAUGAUGGACUGUGCUGGCCUAGGGACGAGUCCCCAUCACCCUACAAUGUAUGCUUUUAAAAAUAAUGACAAAUCUAUUAGAGCAUGUAAAAAUUGAGGAGUUUCAGAACAUUCUAUCAGUAUUGCUUUAAGGGGUUUUUACAUUUUAGAAGCCAUUUUUGCUGAAAACAAGGCGCUGAUAUAUACAACGUAUAUUACUAGAAAAAA